AUGAUGACCAAGAAGGAGGAAAUCAAGCCCGAUGCGGACGAGUUCUCCAUCAAGCCGACGGCGGCCACUCCGUCCGUGGACACGAGCACAUGGCCACUGCUGCUGAAGAACUACGACAAGCUCCUCGUCCGAACCGGCCACUUCACUCCCAUCCCCAAUGGCAGCAACCCUCUGACUCGAGACCUCAAGUCCUACAUCAGCUCGGGUGUCAUUAACCUCGACAAGCCUUCCAACCCUUCCAGCCACGAGGUCGUCGCUUGGGUCAAGCGCAUGCUUCGUGUUGAGAAGACCGGCCACAGUGGGACUCUCGAUCCGAAGGUCACGGGCUGCCUGAUUGUAUGCAUCGACCGUGCGACUCGACUUGUAAAGUCGCAGCAAGGAGCCGGAAAGGAAUAUGUUGCCGUCAUCAGGCUGCACGACAAGCUCCCAGGCGGCGAGGCACAGUUUUCGCGAGCCCUCGAGACAUUGACUGGUGCUCUGUUCCAGCGACCGCCCCUAAUCUCCGCCGUCAAGCGACAACUUCGUAUCCGAACCAUCCACGAGAGCAAGGUCAUCGAGUUCGACAACGACAGACAUCUUGGUAUUUUCUGGGUUAGCUGCGAAGCCGGAACAUACAUCCGAACAUUAUGUGUACACAUGGGUCUGCUGCUCGGUGUUGGCGCUCACAUGCAGGAGCUGCGACGUGUGCGAAGUGGUGCCAUGGACGAGACGAAGGACUUGGUUACGCUACACGACGUUCUUGAUGCCCAAUGGAUCCAUGACAACACCCGCGACGAAUCUUACCUCCGAAAAGUCAUCGCUCCCCUCGAGACGCUUCUUACUUCCUACAAGAGAAUCGUGGUCAAGGACUCUACUGUCAACGCUAUCUGCUACGGUGCCAAGCUCAUGAUUCCCGGUCUCUUGAGAUACGAGGAUAACAUUGAAGCCCACGAGGAGGUUGUACUUAUGACGACGAAGGGUGAGGCCAUCGCCCUUGGUAUCGCAAUGAUGUCUACCGUUGAGAUGUCCUCAUGUGACCACGGUGUCGUAGCCAAGGUCAAGCGAUGCAUCAUGGAGCGUGACCUGUACCCCCGCAGAUGGGGACUGGGUCCUACUGCCACCGAGAAGAAGAAGAUGAAGGCGUCAGGAAAGCUGGACAAAUUUGGACGAGCCAAUGAGCAAACCCCCGCCAAGUGGACCUCCGAGUACAAAGACUAUGGCCCACCUGCUGGACCUACUGAGCCUACACCAGCUGCCGAUGUCACCAUGUCGGAAGCCCCUGCUAUUGCGACACCUGGCAAAGAAGCCCCAGUCGCUGCAGAGCCUGCUGAGACUCCAGCGGACGAGGACAGCAAGAAGCGCAAGAAGCAUGAUGGCGAAUCAGCAGAGGAGAAGGCAGAGCGCAAGCGGAGGAAGGCUGAGAAGAAAGCGACCAAGGCAGCCAAGCGUGCGUCGACUGGAAAGAAGGACGAUUCUGAUUCUGAUUGA